CGCAGACAUUCAAUGACAUCAUUGUCUUCAUGUGAUAUCAGAGUUGAUUUCAAGUGAUGUAAACAAAGUGCUAAACAGUGUUUGAAAACUAAAGAAAUGUUGAAAUCAUUUGAAUUACAUUUCUUUCAUAAGUCACACGUCUUUCGCCAUCUCUUUAAACGUAAGACUUAUAUGUUGUCAACAAAUGAAAAGACUUUUAAAGUUCUCUAAUAGUCUUUGACGGCGACAGUGGUCUCAAAGUUAUAAACUAUGAGUUCAUUAAAUCUAUCAGAAGAUCAUUUUGAUUAUAUUUGCGAUCAAUUGAAGACCCAUUUGUCUGGUAUUGGUUUAGAACACUAUCCGUUCAAAAUAGGAUGGUAUAACCAAAUGGUUUCACCGAAAUUUCGGUUACCAUUUGAUGAUAAUUGCAUUGCGUUUGUCAUCAUUAGUACUCCCGAUAUGUUUGAAUUGGCUUUUAUUCCUUAUUUGAGGAACUAUUGGUUGGACAACAAGUCAUGCAGUGAUCCAAUCGAUGAGUGUAUGAAAUAUCACUUCAAUUUACUUAAAGAGAAAUUGAGUGCCUUUUCAGUGGAAGUGAUCCACGAUUUUGAGUUAUUUAUGCCUAACCGCAGACCAAGAGUGUUGGUCCAAACGGCUGCACAUGUAAGCGGUGCCGCCUUUUAUUAUAAGCCUGACUUUAUCAGUGACAGCACCGAUAUCUCACACAAACUCUUAGGCGUUUGCAUUCAUCCACUUUUCGGCGGUUGGUUUGCCAUCAGAGGUGUUAUUGUCUUCAAAAGUCUAAACAAUGUUUCAUUGAAAGCUCGACAACCAAUUGAUGUGAUUCCCGGCAUUGACUCAAAAAAGAGGUUAUUAUUGAAUUUCAAUUAUCAUUGGAAGGACUGGUCGUAUAGAGAUGUCAUUCCUGUCCUCAAAAAAUAUAGUGAUUUACAAAUCAAAUACUUUUCAUUGAAACCGUGUGAACGCAAAGAGUUUAUAAAUUAUUUGAUUCAUUUGAAAAAUUAGUUUUUUAUCUCAUUUUUGUAUAAUAUUUACUGAUUUACUUUAGUUAUUAUUAUUUGCAUUAUUGUAUUAUUGUUACUAUUAUUGUUAGUUAAUUAAAAUUGUUAUAAAUUUAUUAAU